CAAACAUUCAAUUACUCUCCCACUUCUCAAUAGUUUCCUCUUACAUAGAAUCAAAUUCCCUUACAUGAACCCCACUUUAUCAUACUUUUCUUAGCUUACCAAAAAGGAUUUGUAAAAGAUUUGUUCUAUUCCACAAAUCAUACAACAUAUAUAUUUGUCCCUUCUAUUUUAAUAUCUUCCUUAGCUUGACCAUUAUUUUUUAAAAAAUGGUUGGCAAAAAUAGCCCGGAGCAACUUCCUCCAGGAUUUAGGUUCCAUCCAACUGAUGAAGAAUUAAUCAUGUAUUAUCUUCGAAAUCAAGCCACCUCUAGACCCUGUCCUGUUUCAAUCAUCCCCGAAGUUGAUGUCUAUAAGUUCGAUCCCUGGGAAUUGCCUGAGAAAGCUGAAUUUGGAGAAAAGGAAUGGUACUUUUUUACCCCUCGUGAUAGGAAAUAUCCAAAUGGUGUUAGGCCAAAUAGAGCAGCUGUGUCAGGUUAUUGGAAGGCUACAGGAACAGAUAAAGCUAUCUAUAGUGGAUCAAAAUAUGUUGGUAUUAAAAAGGCUCUUGUGUUUUAUAAAGGAAAACCCCCUAAGGGUAUCAAGACUGAUUGGAUCAUGCAUGAAUAUAGAUUGAGUGAAUCAAGGUCUCAACCAACUAGGCCAAAUGGAUCCAUGAGGUUGGAUGAUUGGGUACUUUGUAGAAUUUAUAAGAAGAAGAAUUUGGGAAGAGCUAUAGAGAUGAUGAAAAUGGAAGAAGACACACAACAGGCUGAAAUAAUGAGUUCUAUUAAUCCUAUUGAAGUUGUGGCUACUAAUGGACAACAAACAUUGAAACUUCCAAGGACUUGUUCAUUAUCUCAUUUAUUAGAAAUGGAUUAUUUUGGGUCAAUACCACAACUAUUUGAUGACAAUUUAUACAAUUCUAUAAGCCAAAACAAUACAUUGAUGACCAAUGUUAAUGGGUACGUGCCUCAAGCCAUGGAGAAAUUUCAUCAACUAGGGGAAGUGUCACAAAAUAACUCUAAUAGCUUCUUGAAACAGCCAAUUUUUGUGAAUCCAGCCUUUCAAUUUCAGUGACAAAUAUAUGGAUUCUAAGGGGAAAUAUUUCUACAACAGUAAUUACUAUGCCUCAAUCCAAAGCAAGUUGAGCCGUGGCUGGCUAUUAGUAUCUCAUCAACAAUUGUAAUAUAUAGAUGUAAUUCAAAGGUCAAAAAUAUAUGACAUUGUGUGAUUGGUACCAUUUACAAGCAAA